CUCGAUAUAACCUUAUUUACAGGAAACUCACUAUUAGUGAGUCACUAAGAAGGUUAUGUUUUGAAUUCGGUCAUGAGUGUUGCUGACAUUAUUGCCGAAAUGUGCCUUAAACUUUAUGAUAGUUUUGGAAAAAAAGGUAAACCUGAAAAAGGCAAAGAAUGGACUCAGUUAGCUGGCAUUGUGAUGGAAAUAGACAAUAAAUUUACCGUAGUAAGUUUAGCUACUGGUACAAAAUGCAUUGGAGUAAAUUCCAUGUGUCCAAAUGGAACAAUUUUAAAUGACAGUCAUGCUGAAUGGUAUUAUCCAACAUAGUCGACUAUUUCUGGCACUCCAUGUACAUUUGUGAUAAAAGUGAACUUGGUCCAGGCGUCAUCCAGAUGGAGCACUUGUGAAGUAGUACCAAGAAUUUAAUUAUUGAAACAACUAACUAUAAAAAAUCAGGUUUUAGCAAGGCGUGCAUUUCACCGAUUUAUUUAUGAGGAAAUGAAAGUUGUCAAAAAUGGCGGACGUUCUGAAAUUUUGAAGUGGAAAGGGCCUAAAUUUGAUUUAUGUAAGAACCUAAAAUUUCAUCUUUACACAUCACAUGUUCCUUGUGGAGAUGCUUCAAUUAUCCCAAUGAAAGAAAUGGAAGAACUUCUCCCAGUUUCUAAAAGACAGAAAAUUGAUGUUUAUAGAACAGGAGCCAAACCAGUUUGUUAUGGUUCUAAGCAAGAUAGUAAAAACAGUGGGGUUGAUUAUCAUGUAAGGGGUGCAGUAAGAACUAAACCUGGCCGAGGCAACCCUACUAUGUCAUUAAGUUGCAGUGAUAAAAUAGCCCGUUGGAUUUAUGUUGGACUUCAGGGAGCCUUGUUGUCUCAUUUGAUGGAAGAAGAUUUGAAACUUUCAACCUUGGUGAUUGGUGCUGGAGGUCCUUUUAACCAUGACAUCAUUAAACAUUCCUUAAUUGGCAGAUCAGGAGUGGAAAGUGAUCUUCCACAAAUACUUCAGACUAAUCUGGUUUUUUGUGAUUCUCCUUUCAAAAUUAUUGGAGGGAAACCUACUCCAACUAGUAUAAUUUGGAGUAAUGUUUUGAAUAAAUCAUUAGAUGUCUCUUCAAGGGGGAGACGUCUUGGCACUACUACGAAAUCAAUUAACAAAGGAGUUGUGAUGGUUGCAAAAAUUGAAUUUUUGAAACAGUUUUUGUCAUUAUGCUCUGAAAAUCAGGAAAAAAUUACCUAUAGAGAAAUAAAAAGUUGUGCAUACAAUUAUCAAUUACGGUGUAGAGAUUUUAAGCAGAGGAUGGGUAUCUGGUCUCAAAAAUCACAAUUUGAAAAUUUUUUGUUAUGAUUGUUAUUAUAACGAGGUAUUUAGAAACUACAGAUUCUAUAUAAGAUAAAGAAAAACUUUAUUGAAAGUAAUGCUGCCCUACUACAUAGGGUUGCUUUAUACACAGCAUACUAAUCAAUCCAUAUGGACAUAGCGCUUACAUUGCAUUAUUCCAUUAUUAUAUAUAAAUUGUUUUCCCCUCUCUUCUGGUAACACUAGUCAUAUACAAUAUCAAUAAUACACCACAUUAAACAGUUCCUAUUACAUAACAUAUAUAAUUUCUUGAAAACAUAUAUAUAUAUUUUUUUUCCCCUAUUCCAUUACAACCUGAAGGGUCUUGGGUACAGUACUAUUUAGGGAAAGCACUGUUUCUUGGUCUACAGUUGUGCAAGACGAGGCGAUUUGACCGAGAUCACACUCAACCGCCAUGUUUUUCCCCUUAAUUAAUUAUUUUAAUUUAGGGUACCCGCUUUAUAGAGGCUGGGUGUGCCCCAGGAGGGUCUACCUACCCAGGGUCGCCCUACAGCCAAUGAAACAGAAUAAAUAAUUUUUCUGCCAUGAACCAGGAUUCGAACCUGGCACCUUUAGCAUUGGAAGCUCCGUACCCUACCAUUGAGCUACCACAUUCCCUAUAUAUAUUCGAGUGUUAAAAAUAUGUAACAAAGCCAAAAAUUAAAAUUGAAUAAACGGAUAAAUGACAAAAGACAUCCUCAAUUCACGGUCAGUUACUGUACAAGUGAUAGUGGAUGAUCCCCAGGGAGUCCAAAAUAACGUUCUCGACCAAUAUCCUAAGCUUCCCAACAUCAACACCUAAUUCCUCAAGGAAGCUCCUUGUUCUUUUUGAGAGUGUUCUGCAAGACUUAAAUCAGAGACCUCUCCUGGUGAACUCUUUCCGAAGGUCUCACGGAACUCCUCUUUUAGAAAAGAGAUACAUUUAUCAUAUGUUUUUCUUUUCCCUUUCCACUUCACCCUUCUAAUCGAGAUCAUUGCUCUCAAGGCUGACAGUUGGAUCCAAGAUCAUAGCUCUCCUUCCUGUCUUGGGAAAUACAACAAUAUCUGUUUUCCUGAUUGAGCCUUCACUGUCUAUGCUGUAGACCUCAUCGAAGCAGGUGAAUUCUUUUUCUCUUAGGAGCAUCAUUAACUUGAACUUGACCCUAUGGUGCUGGUGUGUUAUGAGGAGGGUGUUGAGGCAUUUUCCCAGAACAUGGGCUGGUGUUUGAGAAUCUCUGCUAUAUUUCUUCGACUGUCCACUGGCUCCUGAGACUCCACGCAUAGGUGCAUAGUUGAUGUUGAGUUUUAAGGCGUUGAACAUUCUGAUCCCUAAAGCACUCGCUCCUGGCAAAUGUAUUUAUUAACUUUCGGGGUUUCUUUAAUAUGCCUAACUGUUAGCGCCUUGCCACCUACAGCUGGCUCAUUUCUCAAAGGAAUUUUCUCUUAGCGACUGUCGUUGAGCUCUCACGUUUCGGUGGCCUUGAUCCACUUCCAGUUUUUCUGCACAUUCGGUGAUUUCUGUAUUGUAGUCAAAUGUGGACUGCAACAGGGCAUUUGGUGCAUUAGACAGCCGCUGGGCAAUGGAACCAACCAAUGUUGGAAAGGAGCCUCCCUUUGACAGCGGAUCAGUCCCAAUCCUCAAUACCUCUUAGGUGCGCUUAACAUCGCUUUUGAUGUAUUAGCGAAGAGACUGAUAAUGGCCUUGAUACUCCUGCCGAUAUUUGUAUCCAUUCCUUAUCGCAGGACAUAUCUUUGUGAGGGGUGCCGUCUGGAGAGGGUAGGUAAGUGCUGGGAACACAUAUUGGUUGACAACGUUGAGUUUUUGCUUCAGUUUAAGAAACCAAGAGCUUACCAAUUUAUCCAAGUUGUUUUUCAAUUUGGUCACCAUUUCCUCAUUCAGCACAGAAUGUACAUCAUAAAUACUUAAUAGUCUCACCAGCCUUUGAUGAUUUCAAGAGAAAGCUUUGUUUAUUGCAGCUCUCCUUUAACAAUUAUUAGACCCACGUUUUUCUGUGGAUUUACAGCCAGACCAAUCUCGGCAAGGAACCUCUGCACACAGUUGAUAAUCCUCUCUGCAGCACCCUUGUCACGUGCUGUAACAGUCUGGUCAUCCGUGUAGCCUGUGAGAACUACACAUUCUUGGUCACUGGUUAGUUGGUAUCCAUAGCGCUUUGAAAAUUCUUGCUCGCUGAGGUCAUGGCAUAGAUGAUCUAUAGUCAGGUUGAACAGUGAAGUUGACAAGGGUCCGCCUUGGGGUACUCUUGAUCCAACUUUUUGAGUGGGCUCCGACUCUGAUCUUGAUUUGGUUAGAACUCUGCAGAGCUGCAAUCACGUUUUUGAGAUCCCGUGAUACUCAUCUUGCCUCGAGUUUGCUCAUUAUAUGAUCGUGAAAAACAUUGUCCAGCAUGAUUGCUGUAAGUUGGAGAUACAGCAAUCCUCCUAUAAAUUAAGCUCUCCCAAUAAAGCUCAGUGUUUAUUUUCCAAAAUGGAAAAUUAAUGUAAAUAGAACAAAAACACAAGCAAUGAUAUUCACUAAAAAGAUACAAUCCAUAACUCAGAAUGUAAAUAUAUAUGGAACUACAAUCCUAUGUAUUCAGCUUAUCGAUUACUUGGGUAUAGAACCGGACAAAACUUUAUCAUUCACCAAAAAUACCACACAAAUGCGAUAGAUUUAAAAGUAUCAUCAGAAAAAUUACCACAUACUUCAAUAGGUGUUCUUACUAUCACCAAAAAAAUAAAUUGAUACUGCAUAAAACUGUCAUAUGCUUCGCAAUAAUAACAUAUUAUGCUCCUGUUUGGAGUUAUAUCUGAGAUAGCAAUCACAAAAAAUUAGAGGUCAUUAAAUAAUAUGCAUAAAAAUAGUAAACAACUAUCCUAUCCUCUAUUUACUAGAAUUACAAAUAUAUUGAUUUGCUCCUCCCAACAGUUAAACAACAUACUCACCUACUGACAUUACAAUAGUAUUAGAAACUAAGUGAAUAUUGUUCAGUUCUAGUAAAACUGUAUAUAAAAUAUAUAUUGUUUUGAUCAAGUGUGUUAACUGUUUGUGUGUGCGUAUAGACACACACACAAUUAACACACUUGAUCUAUAAUUUGUGUAUAUUUACUCAUUUUUUCCUCUUUUUAUUAGUGUGAUUUUUUUUAAAAUUUCCCUACUGUUGAAAACAACAUUUAAGUAAAAUAAUAUGUUUGAAAUAAUAAUAAUAAAUAACAUCACUGUAUUAUACAAAGGUUACUUAGUACCAUAUUUGGCUAUUUGGCUAUUUGUAAAUUCUAAUUAAUAAAAAAUUUUCUAAGAGUUC